AUCAUGAAAUCCUUCUUAGCCACCUUGUUGGUUUGUCUCUUGAUUGCCUACACUGUUAGUGCUCAAAAUAUGCAAUGGAACGUUUGCAAGCGUUUCUCCUCUCAAACUUUGCAAAUUUCUUCCCUCUCAAUUUCUCCAGAUCCACCACAAGCUGGCAAUAAUUUGCAAGUCAAUCUCCAAGGUACUUUAACCUCACCAAUGGGCACAGGAGCCACUGGUACUGUUGAAGUUCAAUAUGCUGGUACUCCAAUGUAUUCCGGUCCUUUUGAUCCAUGUCAAUUCUUGCAAGGAUCUAAUACUCCAUGUCCACUUGCUAAGGGUCCAACUACUCUUUCUGUUUCUCAACAAAUUACUCCAAUGGCUCCUGCUGGAGGUCCAUAUCAAGGAACUAUUAUCAUCAAUGAUGAAAAUAAGAAUGUUGUUACUUGUAUUGAUUUUAAUUUCAUGAUGAAUUAA